AUGGACUCUCUAAAUCUUUCUCCAACUUCUAGCAUUAAACUUAAAGACAGAUUCAGAAAAGCGACAUGGAACAUUCAAAUUCAGAAACAGGAUGAGGAAAUCUUAGCAAACCAACUGCAGUUUACUUUGAUUAUUUGGAGAGUUAUUGCCAAGGCACUAUUGCCUUCACUUCAGGGUUAUGCUAUUCUUUCAACCAAAGAUUCACACAGCAAAGACAGAACUAACACAUUCUCUUUUAGUUGUCUUUCUACAGCAUUGCUUGCACCUGAAGAGUUCUUCUAUGAUCAGGUGCCCGAGGAGCUGAAAAGUGUAGGUAUUGCUCUGUAUCUCAGCUUAAUUGGUGUAGGUAACUUCUUGAGCAGUUUCCUCAUCUCUUUUAUUGUGAAAGCCACUGCCAAAUACGGUCAUGAUAGUUGGUUUUCAGAUAACUUGAACCGAGCAUAUCUUGAUUACUUUUAUUUGCUUCUUUUUUGA